GAUAAAUAUCAUAUGUGUUUCUGUUAUCAUCCAACUUAGUAAAUAAGUUUCUUCUGAAAAUAUUUAUUAGCAGUGUAUUAAAAUACUGUAAAUCAUGUCAACUCUUAAAUUAUUUCGUUUAUCUCAGGAAGUGAGACCGAUCAUCAAACGUAACUUUUGUUCGGCGUUUGAGUUACAACACAAAAAUCCAACCCAAAAAAAGGUGAAUCCAAUCCCACAAGCCCACUAUGGAGGUCGCCAUACUGUUUCUAUGCUUCCAGGAGGUGGAAUUGGGCCGGAAUUAAUGGGUUAUGUCAGAGAAGUGUUUAAAUAUGCUGGAGUACCAGUUGAUUUUGAGGUUGUUGACAUUGAUCCAGCCAGCGAAGGCAACGAAGAUUUGGAAUAUGCAAUCACUACUAUUCGUCGAAAUGGAGUUGGAAUUAAAGGAAACAUUGAAACAAAAAGUGAAGAUCUCGGAGUAGUUAGUCGUAAUGUGGCGAUCCGUAAUGAGCUUGAUCUAUUUGUCAAUGUUGUGAACUGCAAAUCAUAUCCCGGCAUAAGUUCACGUCAUAGUAAUGUUGAUAUUGCAGUCCUUCGUCAAAAUACAGAAGGAGAAUACGCUAUGCUCGAACACGAGAGCUGUAAGGGCAUUGUUGAAAGCAUGAAAAUCAUUACUCGUGAAAAUUCAGAACGUCUUUCACGAUAUGCCUUUGAAUAUGCUCGUCAACACGGACGUAAAAAGGUUACAACUAUCCAUAAGGCAAACAUUAUGAAGCUCUCUGAUGGUCUUUUUCUCGAAACAUCACGACAAAUAGCCAAAGAAUAUCCUGAUAUAAAGCAUAAUGAUAUGAUCAUUGAUAAUACCUGUAUGCAACUUGUCUCCAAUCCUCAUCAAUUUGAUGUUAUGCUUACGACAAACCUUUAUGGUAGCAUUUGUAUAAAUGUUAUUUCUGGAUUGAUUGGCGGUGCCGGUUUACUUGCUGGUAAGAAUUAUGGCGAUCAUUAUGCUAUAUUUGAACCAGGAGCGAGAAGCACUGGAACAGCCAUAGCAGGAAAAAAUUUAGCUAAUCCAAUAGCCAUGUUGAAUGCUUCAGUGGCCAUGCUAAAGCAUCUAGGACACCAUAUGCAUGCAGAUGCAAUCGAAUCUGCCAUUAUUAAGACCGUCAACGAUAAAAUAUUGACUAAAGAUGUUGGAGGAAACUCUACUAGCACAGAAGUUAUCGAAAACAUACUUAGACGUCUGGCAGAGACCGAUUUACACUGGCAUACUGGAGUAAGACUAGGACAAAAUUAAAGUUAUAUGUUACAUUGAUAUCUAAGGAAACAUUCACAUCAUAAACAUUGUUUGGCGAAAAAAUAUCUAAAUUAAGAUGCAUCCAAAGGACAGGACUUCUUUUUAUGUACAUGUUAACACUUUUGUCUUAAGUACAUUUCAUUUUCUUCAAAAUUUAAAAUGAAUUGAAAGAACUCAGUGCACAUCAUUUAAAAUGUAUAAUUAUUGUGUUCAAAGCUGAUACGUUUUAUUCAUUAUUUAUUCUAAAUUAACUUAUUUUUAUUUGUAGUUUCAUUAUAUAAAAAAAUGUUUUAAAGUUAGAAAGAAAAUUCAAAAUAAAGUCAAAAUUAUAUAAUA